UCCUCCUCAUUGUCCUCCUCCCUUUUCCUCCUCUCCAAAGGGCCACAUAAAUAGGGGCCAGCGGUCCAAGCUGAGGGGGUCCCCGCAUAGACACACACAUCUGGACAGCAGCUUGCACGAUGCGUCUUCUGGCUUUCUUGUGGACCCUGAGCUUCCUUCUCAAAGAGGUGCACACAUGGGGCUACAGGAAUGGCAUAUUUCACAACUCCAUAUGGCUGGAACAAGCAGCUGGAGUGUACCACCGGGAGUCGCGCAAAGGGAGAUACCAGCUGACGUACAAGGAGGCCAAAGCUGUGUGCAAGUACGAGGGAGGGAAGCUGGCCACUUACGAGCAACUGGAGGCCGCUCGGCAAAUAGGGUUCCAUGUGUGCGCUGCAGGAUGGUUCGAUAAAGGACGCGUCGGCUACCCCAUCGUCAAAGCUGGCGCCGGCUGUGGCUUUGGAAAGGUUGGCAUCAUCGACUAUGGCUACAGGCUCAACAAAAGUGAGAGAUGGGACGUGUACUGCUACAACCCUAGCUCCAAGGAGUGCGGCGGCGUUCUGACCGAUCAGCAACGGAUCAUCCAGUCUCCUGGCUUUCCGGAGGAAUACCAGGACGACCAGAUCUGCUACUGGCACAUCCGAGUGCGUCUAGGCCAGAGGAUCCUCCUCCACUUCGUGGAGUUUGAUGUAGAGGAUGACACAGCGUGCUUGGCGGACUACCUGGAAGUGUACGACAGUUACGACGACGUGACCGGCUUUGCUGGAAGGUUUUGUGGUGAUUAUUUACCUGAAGACAUAAUCAGCACAGGAAACGUGAUGACGCUGAAGUUCCUCUCGGAUGCUUCGGUCACUGGUGGGGGCUUCCAGUUACAAUACUUUGCCAUGAAUGCAUCUGCACUGUCACAGAAUUACGUUGACUAUUUUCACUGACCAACAUUCUCAUCUUUAAUCAUUGAAUCUUGAUUAUUAAAGACAUAUAUCUGCUUCAUAAA